CUUUGAUGGUACUUCGAGCCAGCAAGUCCUAAUCAAGGUUCUGCUCUAGGCUGUCCUCAGUCUGAGUCACGACUUACUGCAUGAGAGGCUCGUCCGUACAAAAGGAGAAACCAAGUAGAAGAUUGAGAUGGCCAGGCAGCUCUGAGGAAGAAAGAAACAUCAAACUGGAGGAGGUAGAAAAGUUAGAAAAAGAGGCACGAGAGAGAGAUGGGAGCCGAGGAGGAGAUCCUAGUCACCCUUUCUGGGGAAGCUCCAUGGGGCUUUCGGCUACAAGGAGGUGCAGAACACAGGAAGCCACUUUGUGUAUCUAAGGUGCGUAAACGCAGCAAAGCAUGCCGGGCAGGGCUGUGUGAAGGAGAUGAGCUUGUGUCAAUCAAUGGAGCAUCCUGCAAUGAGUUGUCACACGCGCAGGCCAUGAACCUGAUCGACUCCUCUCCAGGGACGCUGAACAUUCGUGUAAAGAGAUCUCCAACAAGGUUUCAGUCAAUAGUCCUGCUGUCAAGAUCGCACUCUCCAUCAGUCGAUAAAAGUUAUGAAAGUUGCCUGCGUGCCCUGUCUCCUCCAGUCACCAACAACAAUCAACCCCGACAAAAGCCAGUAAAAGAUGUUUGUAGAAAUAACAUCAUGUCUCCAACCCGAAGAAAGGAUCUUGUGUUCAGUCCUGAACCCAUAACAGAAGUUAGAGCCAGAAGAGAGUGUCUGACAUCUCCUCCCGAUAGUGAAGCCUACUAUGGUGAGACAGACAGUGAUGCAGACACUGUACAUGAGAAGCAACGCAGACAAAAACGGCGCAGUCCAAGUUCUUCUCCUGCUAAAUCCUCAGGCAGAACAUCCCCUGAGGAAACCUCUGAAAUGAGUGGUUAUGAGAGUGCCCCUGAUGCCAGACCUUACCCACAGAACUUACAGACUUCAGAACAGAGCAUCGCAGGCCAGGCCCAGAUAUCCGGAAUAGGAGAGGUGGGAGUGGGAGCCUUGUCUGACACAACUCGACGGGAAACCAAGAGAACAGAAGCAAGAUUUAAUGUUUGGCAGCCACACAUGGAAGAACCGCCCUGUGUUGAAAACUCCACAGAGAAUUCUUCAGCAAGCACAGAUGAUCAGAGCCCCCAGGGUGCCACAGAGGUUGACAGCGGGUUCCAAGAGCUCACCAAUAUUCCUCCAUUGGUGUCCCCAGAUCGAAUUAAGAAUGUCUCUGUUCUUCUGUCAGCUGGAAAGCAGUUGGUGCCCAUGGUGGGUCCUGUAGACAAGCCAGUGGAUGAAGAACUUACCACCACCUAUAUGGACAAAGCUAAGCAAGCCAAACUUCACCGCAGUGAAAGUGUGCAGGAGAAGCAGGUGAAGGAAGCUCGUACCAAGUGUCGGACUAUUGCCUCCUUGCUGACAGAUGCUCCAAACCCCCAUUCAAAAGGGGUGUUGAUGUUUAAAAAGAGGCGGCAGCGUGCUAAGAAGUAUACCCUUAUCAGCUACGGGAGUGUUGAAGAAGGAGGAGGAGAAGAGGAAGAAGAGGAGGAGGACGGAGUUUUCCCAACUAGUGAGUCUGAGUUUGAUGAGGACGGAUUUGCGGCUGUUUCUGAUUCGGCAUGGGACAGUGACUAUCUGGACAUCCUUGAACGGAAAACGCCAACCAGCCAACUCCAGGAGGCUAACACCCCUGAUUCUGCAGCAAGUCAGGGAUUGUUAGACACAUCUGGUAAGGGGGUCCAGCUGUUUGAACAACAAAGGAAGCGAGUUGUGGAGCACACAACACCUAUGGCUCAUCAAGCAGUACCAGCCAUAACCCCACCUAGCAAGGAUGCAGUUGAUCAGAUUGCUGCACCUCAACUCCCUUCACAGGCUCCUUCUUUUCAUAGUCUGAGUCAAGUGCCUACAUCUUGUCUUCCAGUAUCUCUGGCAUCAAGUCAGCUUCAUACACCAGAGCCACCACUAGAACAGACAACUCCACCCAGAUCAAACAUUACACAAAGCUCAGUCCUAAACAGAACUGCUCGACCUUUCACUCCUGGGUUUGUAAGUACACGGGCUAGCACUGCCCCUGUGGUCUUUCAGCCAAAUUUUGGUAGGAAAACACCUACUCGCCACCUGUACAGUGAUUCUCCAAAACCAGUACCACCACCAUUCUCACCACCACCAGGAGAACACAAGCCCACAAUUACCAUGUCCUCUCUUUAUAUACCCCCCAGACAGGCUUCGGUAUCUCAGAACCAACCUAACCUCCCUGCUGCUCCCAUACAGACUCCAGCUCCUCCCUUCUCACCUCCCCCAGUGACCACUCCCACUUUCAGUUCACACCUUCCUGGAAGUCCUAAAAAAGGGCAAGCUGUAACACCCAGUAGCCCUGGUUCAAUUUCUAGCACCUCCAAAGCAUAUGCUCAGUCUCAAUCCUCUGAGGCUCUUUCUUCACGGGAGCAGAGAAUCUCUGUUCCAGCAUCCCGGACAGGGAUCCUACAGGAAGCUCGGCGUCGGAGCACAAAGAAAAUGAUGUUUAAACCUUCAGAAGAAAAGAAAGUUAACUCACCAAACCCAGAACUCCUUUCUCUAGUUCAGAACCUGGAUGAGAAACCCAAAGGAGCAAUAGAGGGUGGUUUUGAGUCUGGCCCAGAAGAAGAUCUCCUUAACCUAGGAGCAGAGGCUUGUAACUUUAUGCAAGCCCAAAAAUACAAAACACCUCCCCCUGUUGCUCCAAAACCCCACAAACAUCACCCAGAGACCCCACAGUUAGGAGGUAAAGGUGCAGAACUGUUUGCCCGACGCCAGAGUCGAAUGGAUCGAUUUGUCGUGGCUGGUGCUCCACAACCACAACCAGUCAUGCUUGGAAGACCUCGUACUCCUUCUCCUACUCCCUCACUUCCCGCAAGCUGGAAAUACUCACCAAAUAUCCGUGCCCCUCCUCCAAUAGGUUACAACCCUCUGCUUUCCCCGUCCUGUCCGCCAGUAGCUCAACGUGGUAGCAAAGCAGGAAUUGCCAGCAAGUCUGCCACUUGGGGUGGUAGGAGACCAGCAGGCCAGAAAGAUGGAAUCAAGGCAAUUGAUUUUAUGAGACGACAGCCCUACCAGCUGAACCCAGCCAUGUUUAGUUAUGGUGGUGGCAGCUCUCCUUCACGUGAAUCUCAGCACCAGUCUAGGCAAGUUCAGGGCACUACGUUACAGGCACCAAGACAAGUACCAGUCAAGGCUGCCCGUGUUUAUGAAAUACGCCGCUUUUCUACUCCUACACCCAUGUCAGCUCCCACUACACUUACACCAACUGUCAUUGCCCCACGCUCUGCCACCACACUAGGUGAGCCUCUCUGGAAUUCAGAAAUCUGUCCUUCACCUCCACCACCAGUAAGUCCCCAACCCCUCCCUGUUUAUCAUUCACCAACCCCUGCUGCAACCCCUGUCUCAGCUCAGACAAAGCCAAUAGUGCCCUCAGCGGAGGAUGCUUCUUAUGCCUCUGUCCAUGUUGUGACCCCGAUUCCACCUCCAGUGACAAGGUCAGCUUCAUCUUCUUCUGGUGGAUCCCUGGCUCCAAGACCUCGUUUCCAUGCUGGUAAAGUUGGGAUUCAACCUAACGUGUGGAGGCCAGGUUCUAGGCAUCUCUAAUUAGUGCACAAAGCAGAAGCCAGGCCCAGUAAACCAUUAAGGAUGUUCCAACUUCAAUGAACUAAAGCUGGCAGUAGGUUAAGUGACACAGGUCAAGAAAAACAGAUGACAAUGAAAACUGGAGUCUUUUCUGUAAUGUGUAAUGCCAAAGUAAUGAAGUGUCAGAGAAGGAAUCACAGGCUGAAUAAAGGAUGGAAAAAAAAUGUAAAAGAUUAGAAAACUGCAAUAACAAAAAUAAAAACCUAUCCAGUAAUGAGAAGCAUUCACACUUCAGGAAGAUACAAAUUGGUCAAAAAUGUGUUGAUCUUACUGGACAUAAUACUGCACCAUGAGAAAGCAAUAGUUAUCAGGACAUGAAGGACUGAAAAGCUACAAAUUCUGAGACAAUGGGGCUGCUGAUCUGACAGCUGGACUAAAUUAGGACAAGAUGACGUAUAAUAACAAUUACAGUUAACAUCUACUUCAUAGAAGCCAGCUAACAUUGCUGAGUUGCAAAGAAAACUGCUGACUUUAGGCUAAACACAACCACAUCUGUUUCAUGAGGUGCAACGCCCCUCCAUCCUCAACCAAAGCCCCAGUUCUCUGAUUCAGAGAGGAAUGACAUAUUCUUGUGCCCUUAUGCUUCUUAUUGAAGAACUUUGAUAUCUCAGGUGUCACUGCAAUAUUAAAACCUCAAGAAAUUUACUGUUAGAAAUAAAGGGAUGGCAGGAAUUUAUUGUGAUAUUUUGACUUCAGGAGACAUCAAAGCCCUAUGGGAUGGCCUAAUCUAAGAGAGAAAUAAAAGAAAGGUCUUUUAAAAAUCUGCAAAUAAAUUCCAGGUAGCUUCUGUAUUCCUUUCAUCAAAGCAUCAGUACGGCAUUUGCCAUGCUCCUUUCUUAGGUCUGCAUUUAGCUCAUUCACUCAUUGAGGUUCACUUUCUCUCCCACCGUCAAAUGUUUUACAAGCCAUAUUUCACCUGAGGCUGGCAUUCGGCUCACUCUGCUCACAUUGCCAGUUUCCAGUUGAUCAUAUAUUUCUUGAGGGAAACAGUUAACAAAGUUACACCACAUUUAAGUCAGUCACAAUCUGAGUCUUCUGCUUUGUUGUGUGAUAGCUCCACAAGAUCAUGACCAGCUAAUUGGAAUGAUUCCUGAGUUAUUACCAUUAAUAGUGAAUUGGUUUAUGACAAAUGUUAGUUAAGAUGAAGAGUGUUCUGUAGCAAGUAACAUUUCUACACAGUUUAGAUUUCAUAUCUCAUUGGCCUCCAUUGUCUGUGAAGAUCAAUAAUUUUAUAUUGUUCUUCCACAACCCAUAGCUUAUUAACAAUGGCGCAGUAUCUGUUUGGCUGUAUAUAUAAAAGGAUGAUAAGGAUCUGGAAUGUGAUGUAGUUUUCAGAUGAGGGUGGAAUUAUAUGAUCUUUUGUUUAAAGAAAAGUGUAUGUACUACGUCUUAUGAGUGAUUUGGAAUGCAGGGAUGAAGCAUAAUUCAAAUUAGAUGUUACCUGUAUGUUAAUCAGAAGGUCUACUUUUAAAACUGCUGCCAUUAUGGAAUGGCAUUACGGAAGCUGAAAGUUGGACUCAAUGGAGGUUUUCACGAGUAAAUGGGUGUAAAUUUAUGUAUGCUAGGGAUUCUUACCAGCAUAAAUAACACCCAUGAUUAGGAUGCUGCACUUUCCAUUUGAAUAAAAAUACUUGCCUACUACCGUUCCAUGAAAAAGUAUUCAGCUCUUUUUGUAUUAUCUAAACUUUUAAAUAGUUUUAAAUUUGAGAAGGUAUUAGAUUUUCAUCCAAAGAGUAAUAAAAGGUUAAAGGAACUGGACUGAACACGAAACCCAACUUUUUGACUAUUAAAUUAUUUCUCGGCGUGGUGCUACAAUAGUCAGGGCUGCUACCUGACACCUCUAGGCUAUGAAUCGAGGCCAUGUCACUGUGCGGAGUCUGCAUGCUUUUCUCACGCCUGCAUUGGUUUUUACUGCCAGGUUUUCUGGUUUUCUUCCUACUUUCAAUUGAUGUGCCUGUUUUGCAAUUCCAAACACUACGCUUCUUCUUCUAUCUCCUUGCAUUUAUAGACGUGUUGUAUAUUUAGGUUUAUUUUCUUGCAUGAUGGCUCAUUUAUAGUUCAGCUUGAAGUAAUGGACAGAAGGUCUGAAAUUCUCUGCAAAGUGGAUUAAUUUGUUUGCCCAAUGCGGCCAGUAAUCCACUUCCCUACAACACUAGCUUGGUAGACAUAGCAUCAGAAGUCUUGAGGAUCAUCCAGUUCGUUUUUGACUAUCCUGGGAUGAGCACUACUGAUUUCUUCUGGGCACAUUUUUCUACUUUCUAACUCCUGAUCAAUCAUUUUAGCAAGAGUAUAACAAACUGAAAGAUGUCUAGAAGUUGUUGUUGGAUUCCUAGUGACAACUUGGAUGAUUUUUUUACUAAAUUACCGUGAGAGUUUAAGCAGGACAAACAUAUUUAUGAAAACUCUACUGUUGUAAAUUUAAAUAACUGAUAGGGUGAAAGCAGAAAUUCAGAAAUGGUUUUAAGUUAAUAAUCAGACCAAUAAGAAACAAUGCUUUUUUUUCUAGACAUUUAGUUUUAGUGAGCCUUGUAACUGUGUGUCUGUUUAAUCGUGCAUUAACACCUCUAGCUCUAGCUUGAAUAGACUAGGGAGGGAAUUUAAUUUUUUACAAACUUCAAGUAACUUUGUAAUACAUAAACAUACAGUAUAUGAAUAUGUGGAUGUUUUUAAUAUUGAGUUAAAUCAGACAUUUUUAAUCUGUUAUUGGGAUUAAGAAAACAACAUUUGAUAUUAGUAAAAUACAAAGAUACGGAAGAUCUUAAAGGAGCAAAUACUUUUUCAUGGAGAUUUAUGUCCAGAUUGAGUGUGUUAGGAGUGAAGAUUAAGGAAGCAGAAUGUUGACUGAUUGUCCUCAAAGUCAAGGAAAACAUGGAACAUCUGCAGGAUUCUGUGAAAGCUGCUGACUUCUUCUCUGUUCUGUUUUGUCUGACUCUUCACUGAUCUUGCUAAUAGAAACGAAUACAAUAAUAAGUAUUUUUCAUUUUUGUACUUAUUACUGCUUGGCUGGCGCCAUUAUCCAAUAUUUGAGGGAUACAAUUGGUUACAUUUCUUUCCUUUUCCUAAUCGGAGAACAGGCAGGUGAAGUGACUUGUGAAGUGAUGGUCGCACAAGCGGGUCUAAUGCAGUUUAAUACAAGAGAAGAAUAGAGGGGCCGAUAUCUGCCUUCUAGUGCAAAAUAAGCCCAAGCUUUUGCUAUGGUUCUAACAUCGGAACAUUUGCGGUCAAGUUAGUUUUUAAUUUUUGUGAUCAGUUUUUCAUUUACUUGUUGCAAUUUCAUAAUUUGAACAAAUGAUUUAAGUAUGCAUCAGUUUAGUAAGUGGAGAAGCAAACUGCUGGGGAAAGUAGAGUAUUUUCACGUCACUUAUGUACUAAGCAGUAAAACAUUGAAAAUGGUAGUAAAAUGAUGUUCAACAAAAGGCGAACUAACUUAAUAAUAGUGUGAACGCGUGAAAUUAUAGUUUAAGGGUGCAGAAUAUAAAUGUAAUAACAAAGAGCAGUGAAGUGGAGCAUUGGUCAGUGCCACUAACUCAAAGCACCAUGGACAUUGACUUGAUUUCUGCUCCAGUGACCUUGCCCAUGGGAUUCUGCAUGUUCUCCCAGUGGAGUAUAAUGGUGCUGUCUGCCUAAAGGUGUCGUGAUAAGGUUUUCCAACCCCUCUGUGAGAAAGUGUGGGUGUAACCGAUGAUGGACUGGUAGGAUUUUAUAGAAUGUUCUUGAUGUUGUUGGGAUAGCACCUGGCAUGGCUGCUAGAGUUGCCAACAGGCUCCAGUUUUUUAAUUUUUUUGCACAAGUUACUCGGAGUAGGAUUGCGUUAUGUUACGUUACACAUGUAUAAGAUGGAUGAGUGUCUCACUUCUAUCUCACAGGUCCUGAGAUCCUGUUUAAUUUCACAUACUACUAAUUCUCUUUCUGUAUGGAAGAUCAUUUGUGUCAGAAUUAAAUAUUAUCCAAUGUGUUAACUAUAUUGAAGUGCAAGUGAGUUAUGUAAUUCUUGCAUGGUUUUUAUUGUGUCAUAAUUAAAAGCUUAUCAGCCAAAUGAUUUAUUGCUCUCCACUACGGCACACAAUGUUCAUGUCAGUUUACAAUGCAAUACAAAAGUGCAUUGCAUUUUAGUUCAUGUUCAUAGAUCGCAUACCAUAACUAAAAGGAAAGCAGACACAUUAAGUUUCACUUAGCAGCAGCUCUGUGUGUAUUGCAUUUUCGAUUUAAGACCACCCUUUAAUUAAUCGUGGCAAAACUAAAAGCAAUCAAAUGACCAAUCGGCAUCAAGGGGCGUCAACAGUUGGUGAAAGGGGCAUUCCAAUCACGAGUGUUUGGAGUUAGGAAUGACGUCACACUAGAGUUGACCGUGUUUCAGUAAAACAUUCAGAAAACCAAUAUGGAAGCAUCCAGGAAAACCAGUGUAGGGCUUGCUUCAUUGGAAUAGAUAGCAGUUGAUAACAAUGCAUCAUGUAGUAUUUUGCAUAUCCAAAUAUUGCAGCAACAUCUCGACAGAUAGAAGUGUGACAGUACCGUGUGUAUGACUGAUUUACUCAGACAGAAAUGCUAAUCAGCAGUAUAAUACCAAUGCUUUCCCUAAAGUUUGCAGUGUAUGUUGCCAUUUUGGGUUGAUUUCAUGACCUGAAGUCGGACAAACUCAGACGUGACAGACCAGCCCCAAGUUUCCAAGUUGGAAAUCUGCCUUGGGUGGGGGUAUUCCAGCUAAAAAUUUUGACUAGGAACUUGAUAAUUCUGACUUCCCGCUUCAAAUGGAAUGCAACAUUAGAAAGAAGGUGAACAGGGAGUUGAUAAGACAGGGGAUCUGCCAUCUCGUUGAAUUAGUGGAGACUGGAGAGCUAAACGACAAUCUCAUUCUCUUGCACAUUGAAAGAAGGGAAAAAAUGAUAUAGUAUUUGUUUACCAUAGAGGGUAUGAAUGAAAAGCUACAAAGAAACCGAGAUCGCUGAUGCUAACAAAUGUUUCACUGUAUUCAGUAUUUAGUUAAAUUCUCAACAACCCACAACUUUAACGUGUAUAAAAAUACAACAACUUUAGAAAACUUAACAGAAGAGUUCAUUUUUUCAGCAAGAUUUAAAACAUACUUUUGGCCUUUCAGUUAACCACUUCACAGUCCAUAUUGACAAAAUUUAAGCUUGCUGCCAGUAUACAGAAACGUUUAGAAGUGAACGCCCCUUGCCCCAACUUUAGAGGCUGAUUGGUCAUUUGAUUACUUUAUGUUUUGGCACUGUUAAUGGGUGGUCUUGAUUCAAAAUGCAAUAUGCUUGUGCUGCUGCUAAGCGAAAUGCAAUACAUCUGCUUUGUUUUUAGUUAUGGCACAUGAUCUAUGGACAUAAAUUCAAUGCGCUUUUGUAUUGCAUUUUAAACUACCAGCAAAAUUCCACCCUGUAGUGAAAAGCAAACAAUCAUGUGGUUGACAUGAUAAAACCUUACUAAAAUCAAAUUUCCCACUUGCAUAUUUAUUGCAUUUCAAGGUAGUUAACACUUUGGAUUGCAUUUAAUUUUGCCAUGAAUAAUCUUCCAAGAUUUUUUUACAGGUGCUAGAGUGUCCUCCUUUGUCCUCAGAUACUAAACAUCAGCUCUAGAUGGACAAAGUAAUGGAUGGGACUUAUAAUAGUCUAGGCUGGCCCAGCACUGUAGGGAUCGGUUCUGCACAGCACUGGAAUAAAUAAGGCAGGUUCAGAAUCUAGUUGGAUGGAUGGAUAAUCAUACACAAAGACGACUUCCAUCAAAAUGUCCACUGAGAUGAAACAAUAAGAUUGGAAAUAAUCAAUGACUUGACUUAUCAGUGAGUAAGAAAGCCUAUAAGAUAGAAAACAGAUUACUGUUGGACAUCGAUGAUGCGAUUAGUGUGAAUGGGGACAACUUGAAGCACAAAACAGAAUAAAUUAUAAGAGAUGCUGUGAACAAAAUGACCAGCUACUUUACAAAUUUGUUAAUCCAUUAAUAUGUAGUGGUAGAAAUGGGUCGGAAACUACAUACAACUCAAAUCUCAUUAUAUAAGCAGCUCACAACAUCUCAUAACUUGAUUUUAUUUGCUAUAAUUAAUCCACCCACCCAUCUGCCCUACGUGUAGUUCUGUUUCUAAUGGGCUUUGUCAGGCUCUGAACAAAGCAAACAAACUGAUUAGCUCCCGACAGCUCAAACCAGUAUGAGAAGGACUUCUUCUCCCUGCCAAGAUACAUUUGAGAAAGACUUCUGUCAUUAGUCAUUGCGAAACACAGCCAUAACUCUGAACAGACUACAGUCACAGACCUUCAUGCACUUGAAUAUCACAAACAAGCUGGUUCAGAAAACUGGAUGAAGAAAUAGACAUUAUGUGAAAUGUGUGGGGACAUGAAAGCAAUGAGCACACCUAUUUGGAAAUAACCCAUAAAAAGAUCAAGAGAUUAUGAUGGCUCCACCCUAUCAUUAUAAGGCGCUAUUGUCUUUUAUUUCAGGGUUUUGUAUGAUGUUGGCGGUCAUUAAGCACUUAAUCAGCAGAGCAUAAUUGUAAUAAAUACAGGAUAUCCUGCAAAAUCAUUUUUAAAAAUUGUCCAGAGACCUCAGAGUAACGAUCACCAGACAUUACAGACUCUCCUUGCUGGGUUGACUCAACAAGUUAAGUGACAAAUAGAAAAGCUGUCAGGUUACUUGAAGGUGUGCCAAAUCACAUAUAUAAGAAAAGAAACUAGCAGCGUGCCAGAGUAACUGUUAGGAUGAAGAGAAAGUUGACAGGUGCUUAGGAAACAUAGAUCUGAGGUGCUUGCAGAUCCUGGUCUAAAUGCCAGGUGACACAGUAGUUGGGGUUUUUGUCUCACUGCUCCACAGACCUGAUCGCUGUCAAUGUGGAAUUUAUACGUUUUCUUGUGUCAUUGUAAGGCUUUUUUUGGACACUCAGGUUUCUUCCUGCAUUAAAUAUACUUACAGUUUAGGCUGAUUGAUGACUUUGUAUUUUAUGUUUGUACAUGUGUGUGUAAGCCUUUUGGUGGAUACUUCGUUAUUUGUCUUAUACAAGAUGCUCCUGUAGUAAUUCCCAAUGCUCCUUGAAAAAAAAGUUGGAAAAAUUGGUGUGAGAAAGGGAAAGGCUAACCCUUGUGCAUCCUUGUGCUGACUACUUCUCAUCAAUCAGUCAAUCAGUUAAUCAAUUAAUCAAUCAAUCUUUUAUUUAUAAAGCACUUUAAAACAAUAGAGUUGAGGUCAAACUGCUGCACAAGGACAAUAACCAAUAAAUAUAAAAAAAAUAAUAACAGAAACAAAUACAAAAAUUCAAACAGCACAAGGGUUAAUGUGUUAAUCUAUAACACAGAAGCCCUCUAUUGUUUAAUAUUUCAGUAACUGUAAAGAAAGAUUGUUAAUAUUUAGUUAAUAAAGGAAUUCUAAGUAUAGUGAAUGAUAUGAAUUUACUUGUUUUGAACUAUAAUGACCUUUUAAUACUGCGGUGGGCUGGCGCCCUGCCCAGGGUUUGAUUCCUGCCUUGCGCCCUGUGUUGGCUGGGAUUGGCUCCAGCAGACCCCCCGUGACCCUGUAGUUUGGAUAAUGGAUGGAUGGAUGACCGUUUAGUUUUUCCCAGAACACUUUACAGCAUUCAUGUCACCCAGAAUGGUUUUAAAAUGUGUUAACAGCUUACUUUUUAUAUGGCUUCUUUUAAAAUGUUAGAUAUUGUGGUCAAGCAGGAGUAAAAAAAAUGUUCCCGCUGGGUUACUCCAUUUAAUACCAGUGCAGAUAUGAAACAAAAGCAGGCGCACAAUGGUGCAGAAUAACAUAACUGUACAGCCAUCCAGGCUCUGUUAAGUAAGUCUGGCUUGGUGGAGCUCUGCCUUGUGACUGAAUCGUAACCAACAUAAGACAUCUCCUUCUGCGGAUGCCCUGGCUUUAUAGGGCACUGACCAGAAAAGGUGUGUCUUCUCAGUGCUGCAGGGCAAGAAUUUGACGAUACAGCUAGUGACAGUGCCCGCUCUCAUCUGGGAGUGGAAUUACAUCACUCUGAUGAGCCUGGAAGGCAAUGCUCCAAUGUGCAUGCGUGGAAAUAUAUGCACAAACAAAUAAAACAACAAAAAAAACAUUUUUAGAAUUGGAGCACAACAUCUUUAAGAAGUUCUAAAGUAACAGUUAAUACUUAGCACAAUGAAAAUAAUAAAGCAAAUCUAUAAGGAUUUUAGUUGAAUCGAUAUUAGAGACUGAGUAACAAACAAGCUAAAAUAAAAACUAUCAAUGGUAGGGAGGCCCCAGAACCAAGACUAAAUAAAAACUACUGAUGGCUUUUAUUUGAAUUGAUUCCCCAAUAAAAAGCUAAAGGGUGCCUUUCUGUUUUUAUACAUUCAUCCGAAUCUGAGAUACCCUUUUGUCUGUUCAAAUCAUUUAGACUUGAUAUAUCUGCUUUAGGUACACAGCCAUCAAUUUAGUUUGUCAUUUUGUUAAAAUUUCAUAUUCAAUGUUUUAAAGAUGCUCUAAGCAACCAGCCAGAAAGGAGAAGAUUCUCAUUAAUAUAAAAUGGUAUCUCAUACACAGUAUUCUCUUGUACAUAGAGAAAGGCUCUGCUGCCGAACCAUUUCUUUAUUAAUUCAGGAUCUCAUAUAAAGAAGGCUUACUGUACGGGGGCUGCAAGAAUAUGAAAUGGCAAGUAAGACUGAAGUUAAAAGGUUCACCAUCAAACACCUUAGCCUGUACAUUAUUGGAAUAUAUGCAUUCCUAAUUAACUAAAACCAUGCUGGAUGCACUUAGCCGCAUUCUACCAGGUGGAGUGGUCUUCAGCAGACUCUCAGACUGGUUUUGUUCAUGCCUGAUGCAUUUACUUAAACAAGUUUACAUUUCUGCAGUUAUAAGAGACUUGGAAAAACAGGCACCCUUAAUGAUGUGGAAAGUACCUGUUUGAUAGAUAAGCCUGAUUGUACAGGAUACCUAAACACACACCCAUCCAUUCACAUGUAGCAGACUUUGCACUUGUGCUGGCAUUCACGUUCUACAAAUAUAGAAUACAGGCUGGUUAAAAAAAUCAUUUAAAAACACCAAGUCAAUGAAGAUGGGGUUUAAACCCCAACUGAGCUGAAGUCUCAGCUUUCUGGAGCUUGCUGGCCAUUUUCAAAAAAUAUAUUCUUAUUCAGACAAUAUUUAAACUUUAUUUAAGCUUUUUAUGGAAUAACUCACUCCUGUAAAAUUGUGCUUGUUGUCAUGCCUUUUGUUACAAGACUGUAAGAUGCUGUGGAUGGGUGGAAGGAACACAGGAUGACUCAUGAAGUGUCGGGGUGUCACCCUUUUCAGUUGUAGCAGCAAAUAGGAAACAAAAUAAAUGCUUAAGGAAGCAAAAUUAA